GGAGCGGGAACCCGCGUGUGUCGUCGAAACGCGCAUCGCAACGCGACGCGACACACACACAAAACAAAAAAAGAGACAACUCAGCGGUGUGCCGCGCACCGAUGUCGUCCGCUGCGCUAGCCCGUCGCCUGGUGCGUCAAGCCGCGGCCGGAGUGAGCCGGCGUGCGCGCUCCAGUGAGGCCGCUGGCUGCCCCUUCCAUCGCGCGCUGGAGCAGACAGCGCACCGCUCCGUGGGAGCGGAUCAGUGGAGCGGAAGAGCGGAACCGUCUCCCAUGGUGACCGAGAAGACUUCGUCGGCGCGCAAGCCCUUCUCUUCGCUGCCCCGUCCCAAGGGGUUGCCCGUGCUGGGCACGACCCUCGACGUGCUCCGGGCCGGAGGCGCGCCCAAGAUCCACGAGUACUGCGACCGGCGGCACCGCGAGCUCGGACCCAUCUACCGCGAGACAUUAGGUAGCGUGGACGCUGUCUUCGUGGCCGAUAGUGCGCUCAUUCAAAAGGUGUACACCAACGAAGGCAAGUUCCCCAUGCACAUGGUGCCCGAUGCCUGGCUCAUCUACAACGAAGUCAAAGGGAUUCAACGUGGACUCUUCUUCAUGGACGGCCCGGAGUGGAUCGACAGACGCAGAAGCCUCAACAACGUGUUCCUCAAAACCAAGACUGUCACGGACAACGUGCCCGUCUUCAACGAUGUCAUCACGGACCUUCUGGACCGGUGGCAGGAAUCCCGCAACGACAACGGCAUCUUGGAGAACGUUGAGCGCGAGCUGUACAACUGGUCCAUAGAAUCGCUGGGUGCCAUGAUAUUUGGUCGGCGGCUGGGGUGCAUUGCGCAAUCCUCAAGCAUGGAGAACGUGCACGAGUUUGUUCACUGCGUGCAACAAAUAUUCAACGAGUCGGCCAAGAUGGCCAUGUUUUCACCACGCCUCGCCUACCGUCUUCGGUUGCCCGUCUGGCGGCGCUUUGUCCGGGCAGCGGGACGAGCUCUCGAGCUUGCAAGAGACUACGUGGAGGAGAACUUGAACGCAAUCGCCAAAGAUCCAUCGUCAGCUGCCCAGCACAACCAAGGCAUUCUAAGUCAACUGCUGCUGAACGAAAAAAUAACCGAAGAAGAGCUCGUUCGCAUCGUCACAGACCUGUUUCUGGCUGCAGCUGACACGACUUCACAUGCCACACAGUGGGCGCUGUACCUUCUCGCCAAACAUCCCGAGCAGCAGGAACGGCUACUCCACUCCGUACAUAGCGUUCUACCGGAGGGUCAACCUAUAAACGAGGAGAGUCUGGCGCGGCUACCCUACGUCAAGGCCGUCAUCCGGGAAGCCCUACGAUUGUACCCGGUAGCACCCUUUUUGACAAGAAUCCUAUCCGAAGACAUUGUCCUCGACGGAUACCACAUUCCCGCUGGGAAGCUCAUCCUCAUGUCCCUGUACACUACUGGACGGGACGAACAGCACUUUUCUGAUCCACACAUGUUCAAGCCCGAGCGAUGGCUACGAGAUGGUGACCGCACGGGCCAGGUCAACUCGUGGGCCUGCCUUCCCUUCGGCCUUGGCGCCCGCUCCUGCAUCGGACGACGGGUAGCCGAGGUCCAGAUGCAGUUCCUCAUAGCAAGGACGGUGCAAAAGUUCCAGUUGACUCCAAGUACGGACAAAGACGUCCAGAUCAAGAUGCGGCUUAUCACCACACCCGAGGAGCCAAUCUCUCUGCGGAUGACCCCUCGGUAGAGGUCUUCAGUCCGUAGCUCACCCACGACAGAGAAAACAAGCGUGUCACAAGCGAUCCGAUUUGUCCGUGACACGGAGACGUCUACCACGACGACGCCAUCGGACCGAAUGCCGGGGAUCUAGCACCCAUCUACGCGGCGUCCUGGAAGGCAACCGGCGUGCUGAUCGCGUCGACGUCAAGAGCCAAGCUCGCUCCUUCGCCGCCUCCACUGGGCCCCGAGCAAGCCAGCACUACCGCCAAAGACGAGGGCAGCCCAGACCACGGCAAGCCCAGCUGGGACCACGCCCGAAAAACCACGCACACAAACACACAAAUACGCUGCCCCACGCAAGGCGUGACAUUGGCGUCACUUCCGCUGGUCGGAAGUCAAGCUUAACGCGACUCCAUGUAUCUUGACAGCAAAGCAACCUGAUCCAAGCGUCACAACGAGACCUUUUCUUAGCAUUUUGCUGACUUUAUGCUCCUGAAUAUCUGUAAGCCAGAUGUACGAUAUUUGUUGGCAAUUACGGGGCCCUGGUCUCGGGCACACUACUUAAGAAGGACGGGUUUUGUUUUCUACAAGCAGUGCUAUUGUUUUGUAUUCAUAUCCAUAAACUUGCUCUAUCGUAACCAUGGCAAUUUCCAGUGCUCGUUGAAAAGCUCAGUUGCACGUGCAGAGAGCCUGCGUCCUUUCACGGCUCACGUGGAGGUCUUCCCAUAUGUCUCCACUGGUAAAAUAUUACAGCAAUAAAAAGUAAAGCAAAAAAGGAAACAAAAGCUGCCGAAACUAAAAGCUUUCGUUAAGCGCAAUGUACUUGUCGUCGAGAUGAACGAAUGAUCGAAUCGAUGCCUUGAAAUAUAGUCUUCCUUGUAAUGUCCUCCGCGGGAUAGUCUGACCAAACUUUGAACUUCACCGACUUGCAUUACGUUGCUGUUCACUGCAGAACUCGUGCCUCAUUGAAUGACAAUUGAAUGCUCCAGACGGUAUUGCAUAAAGACAUGUUACCAAGCCGAUCUUGAAGUAUAGGGCAGGAAAACGUCUCCUUGUACUUACGCUACUGACCUUACGCCUGUUUGACGCUUGGAUCGCGAGUAACCACCCUAAAGCAGUUUUUUAGCAAUGACUUCGAAACUAAUUACUUCUACAUAUCUUGUAAUAGGACUAUAGGUUUCUUGCAACGAACGAAACUUCUGCAAUCUUGUACAACGUCACUUGGUAACGUCCGUGGUAUGCGAUGCUAUAGCGCACCCUCUAUCCGAGCUUGUUGCAGCGAAUCGGCGUGCCUAACUUGUACAGUAUCGCCGCCAUGCGCGUUCAUGUACUGUUUCAGUGAAUGUGUAUACAUUAACAGGUGGAAGCACUAGUCCGUUGGAGUCUGUUUGUGAUGUCUUGUGAACCGAGAUGCGAUGUGUGACUGGUGCCACGAACGUACACAGCACAGUCCCAAUUUACGAUUUUGUAACCACAUAUGCACAUUGUCUUGUUCCUUUAUCUUUUUUUUUCUCUCUUUUACCAGUACCUUUAGUUAUACCCACUAACGACUCACUUGUAACGAUCUCAUGCGCGUUGUUUUUGAGAGGACAACUCGCAGCCUUCGAAUGACGUCACACGUCGACGUUCCAUAUCCCCUCGUCCCACUAAGGUUUUAAGUACGGGUCACACACUGGCUCACAACGGCCCGGUUAAACCCGUAAACUUCCAAGCAGAAGGUACCUUAAAAUGAGUGUGCUGUGCUGCGUUUAAGCAACGUUUUCUUAAUGUUGCCACUUCCUAGAAGGCGAUAUUGAUCUUUGUAUGAAGAACACGUUAUCUGGUAACGUAGUUCGUAGUCUAUCCGUCCUAUUUACAGUACGUCAGGUGACGAUCUGAACACAAAGCCUUGGAUAGACGUACUGAGCCAAUCCGCCAAUUAUUUAUUCAUUUUGUUGUUUCGAAACACCUCCGUGCGUCAGGGUGGAUAUCAGUCCAGUUAGUGCCUUUCGGCGUGUCGCUAUCUCCAGCAGCAGCAGUAGCGUACAAAUAUGCGUAACCACGUCUUCAGAUCGUACGACGUUAAUGACUGCGAGGAAGCAUGCCAAAAGAAGUGCUACAAAACGAACUCCUCGAUAAUGAAAGCCGGCUAACUUGUUGAAGAGGACAGCGUUCGCUCUUCACUAGGAGUGCGUUAUCUUGAAUUGCUAAAUUUCCUAGCAGAACUUCAGAAGUAAUCGAACCCCAGAGGCAUCUCUGAGGCGCGAAAGAAAGUUUUCUCAGCACAUUUUAAUACGUGAUCAGGCGGAGACUUCCUCUGGUAUGUUGUAUGUUCCUACGAUAUUGACGUGGGAAGGUUGUACGGACGUCACACCUUGCUCUUUACUCCAAGAAAAAAAUGUGCAGUGUCUUUGCACAAGGCGCAGCUUUCCUGCAAACUAGGAGCAUCUCGAUCAUCAAUCGGUGUUGUCGGUGUUGUGCUCACGAAGAUAACAACGAGAGGAAUAGGCCGUGAAAGAAGCGUAUGGUUCGUCACAAGCUUUGCCGACAUGAAGCACAGUCGUAUACAUGCCCAACGUGUUCGACUUUUGUUUUUCCUCGAAGUAGACUGAUUUCGUUUCCUCGUCGAUGUUUGUGUCCAUUUUCUCGGUGUUUGUCCCAACUAUUUAUUUCACCCCCCUCCCUACCUUGUUGUGUAAACUUUUGAGGAGCCUUGAUCUCUAUACACGAGCGCUGACGUCGCUCUGUUCCUUGUUCGCAAUGUGCCCAUGUUUACACAAACACCUUCCUGCGUCGAAAAAAAAAAAAGCGCAUUCGCGCUAUCUCGUUCCCCUAUAUUACCUCCUUCGGCUUCUCCAUUAUAAGAAACUGUAGUGUUUCUCAGCGUGAAGCUGUCGAUGUGUCAAGCUUAAGCGGCACCGCUAUGAAAUGCAUCAGGCAGCACAGCUCAAAAGCAAUGCUGCAUGCUUCUUUUCAUUUUUAUUUUCUUGACUUCUCAUUCCUACGGCGUCGUUUUCCCACAGCUGACCACGUGACACAAAUUAUGUAUACGUGUAUACCUUAGCUUUCCUCUCUGCCUAAUCAUGCCAACUAACCACCUAAGAGUCACCACGCAUCCUGUCGUGAACGUCGUCUCAUCGUCGCAUAUUUUAAUGCACCGUGCUGCUCGAAACCCAGACGAAGGCACCUUCUGUUUUGUUUUACUUUCAUCGCAUAUCAUAUUUAUCUAUUUAUCACGUCGACCAAUCAUAAACGGAAACUCGCGACUGCACGUAUGUUUCGAGGUUAGUCUCGGAAUUUUUUUUUUCUGCAUGGUCGCGGCCAACGCACACAAACACGUUUAAUGAGACGUAUGUCUCGAAUAGCCCACCGACUUAAUUAUGUAUCGUGUUCUCAGUGUUCACUCUAUCCAUUGUAUAGGAAGUCGCGACUGGUAUCGAAUGUCUUGUUAACCCCCAGAUUCAUGGAGCGUGUUUUCCGUAUAAAUAAAUAUAUAUAUAUUUUUGUACAGUUUCGACGCGUCUGACACUAUUUACUCUUGACCGCAGAUGAUAAGUGCCACAUUGUACAAAACUCUCAGGUUGGGGAUCAACCGUUAUGUCUUGUCUCCUGCAUAGACCACUAACCCACCGCGUGCGACAGUGUGUUGUUUUGCUCCGCUGCAGAUGCCCUGAACUUGUGCAAUCACAUUAUUUCAUUCGUUCAUCUAUUCACGCGUCUGCUCAUGUGAAAAUGCACUAUUAUUUUUUUUGUACGACAAGUAUGCCUUCACUUUUUUAACGAGCUAUGAGCAUCACUGUCACUGGCGCGGUAAGCGUAUUGCGUUGUUGUCUGUGUUAUACCUUGUGCACAAUACCCUGUCGACGUGUUAUCAGAUGCGAGGAACAAUCAACGCUGCACGCAACUGUGUACUUAUAUGCACUCAGCUGGUUUCGUGGUCGGCCCAAAGCCUCAGAAAUGCAACUCUAUGCAUGCCACUUGUGUGCGCACGUAUAUUUUUGUAUAAUAUGCGACACAGCAUCACCCGACCGCGUGCCUGUACAAUAAGUAUGGUGUGCUGUCAACGAUGUACUCAUGGGACAAAAUUAUUUUUUUUACUAACAUGCCAGUCGCCGACUUUAUUAUUUUUUUCUGUGCCGCGAAACGAACGAAUGAAAAUAAAAGACCUUGCAUUUAUACAAAAAA